GCAGAAGUACCUGGCGCCUGCCGCCUGGCCACCGGCAUGGCAGUCCGCGCGACACCGCCACCGGGCUCGCUGCCCAACCCCUCUUUCUUCCCGCCGGAAAUCAAUCUCUCUCUCCACCGGCCACCACCGCGAUCCCCGAGCCGACCGUCCGCAUCCAAUGCGCGAAACCCUAGCCGCCGCCCCACGCCCUCACCAGCCACCGCCACCAUAAGUCCCCCGCUCCCCACCUCGCAUGCUCGUCGCCCCCUUCUCCUCCCUAUCCAUUGCGCGGAACGCCGGCCGCCUCCGCUUUCUCCUCCCCGCUUCCGCUGCUCGCGUCGCCCGGCUCGCCAUGUCGACCGCGCCGCAGGCGGCGGCGGCUGUCUCCGUCGAGUACGCCAAGUCGGGCCGCUCCACCUGCAAGGGGUGCAGCGGGGCCAUCGCCUCCGGGGCGCUCCGCCUCGGCGCCUCCACGCCCGACCCGCGCGGCUUCGACGCCACCAAGUGGUACCACGUCGCCUGCUUCCCCUCCGACGCGUCCCACCCGCUCGGCCCCGUCGAGAGCAUCAAUGGAUUUGACUCCAUUAAGGAAGCCGAUCGCGAGGAAUUGCAUGAGCUAGUGAAGAAUCGUGCGAGAGACCUGACUGCAGAACCAAGUCCAAAGAAAGUAAAGACUCAGAUGUCGUCCCCUGCAGAGGGGGUGUCAGAUAAGGCAAUUGUCUCUGUUGAGUAUGCGAAAUCUGGCCGCUCUACAUGUAAAAGCUGCAGUGAUAAUAUUGCCAAAGGCGCCCUCCGCCUUGGUGCCUCUUUUCAUGAUCCACGUGGCUUUGAAAAUACCAAGUGGUACCAUGUUGCGUGCUUCCCUACAUCAUCAUACUCUGUAUUUCCUGUGGAGAAUCUGAAGGGGUUUGAUUCACUCGAGGAUCAUGAUCGUGAGAAACUGCAGGAGUUAGUGGAGAAUCAAAAGAGCCAUUACAAUGCAGCUGAUCAUUUGGAUAAAGAAAUGGCUCAGAGCAUAGGAGACUCUAGUGAAGUUACUGAAAAGAAUCUGGAAGAAGUAAAGAAUUGUGAUAAUAAGUUACACAAGACAGUCAAUCCAUUGGAUGAGCCUAGUCCAAAGAAAGUAAAGACUCACAUGUCUUCAUCCAUGAAGGGGGUGUCUGAAAAGGCAAGUGUCUUGGUUGAGUAUGCAAAGUCUGGCCGCUCCACCUGCAAGGGAUGCAGUGAGAAUAUUGCCAAAGGCGUCCUCCGCCUCGGUGCUUCUGCUCAUGACCCGCGCGGUUAUGACAGCACCAAAUGGUACCAUGUUGCAUGCUUCCCUACCUCAUCAUACCCCAUAUUUCCUGUGGAGAAGCUUAAAGGGUUUGAUUCUAUCAAGAAUAGUGACCGUGAGAAGUUGCUGGAGUUGGGUGAGAAUUACAAGAGAGAUGGCAAUGCAGCUGAUCAGUCGAGUGAGCCAAGCCUGAAGGAAGAAAUGGUUGACAGCACGGGGAUCUCUAAAGAAGGUGUUCAAAAUAAUCUGGAAGAAGUAAAGUUGUCUGCAGGGAACAAUAGAAUACAUCCAGUGAUAUCCUUUUCAGUUUCUGAUACCAAUAAAGAUUACAAGGGUGCUACACUUCCCACUCAUUGGAGGGCUUUUGAGACAGUUAUCUUCUGUGAACAGGAAGAUGGCCUUCAUGCUUCAGCUAAGAUUGCUGCAUUUGAUUUUGAUGGGUGCCUUGCCAAAACUUCAGUGAGGAUCAUUGGUGCAGACAAGUGGUCUUUACAGUAUAAAUCAAUUCCAAAAAAAUUGCAAAGUCUGUACAAUGAUGGUUACAAACUGGUCAUAUUCACCAAUGAGUCGAACAUUGAUCGCUGGAAGAAUAAGCGGCAGGAAGCUGUUGACUCCAAAGUUGGACGCCUCGAUAACUUUAUCGAGUGUGUUAAAGUCCCUAUUCAGGUUUUCAUUGCUUGUGGUUUAGGGCAAGGAAAAGGUACUCCAGAUGAUCCAUACCGCAAACCAAAUCCUGGAAUGUGGUGGUUAAUGGCUCAGCAUUUCAAUUCCGGAAUUGAAAUCGACAUGGAGAAAAUCUUUUAUGUGGGUGAUGCUGCUGGGAGAGAAAACGAUCAUAGUGAUGCUGAUAUAAAAUUUGCUGAGGCCAUCGGUUUGAAGUUUUGCGUUCCUGAGGAAUACUUCGGUUCCUAGGAGUUCUGAGGUGAGGUCGAUUAGGGCAAGGUGGUUAUGCUAUGAUGGUAUGUAGCUUUUGGGUGUCGAGAAUACUACAGCUAUCUUGAUGUGGAAAUCUGUAUUUGGCUGUUUAAACAGUCUAAUAAUAUCGUAGCUAAUCUGAUGUGGAAAUGUAGUGCUAAAUUGCUGAGGUAAUGGCAUAAUGCAGCAUUCGAGCCUUUAGAACGUUAGGUGCUGUGGCAAACAGGUCCUGGACUCCUGGUCUCAUUCUGUAACGAUCGACAAUCAGUAAUUCUGAUGGCAAUUCGAUCACGCUCAGAUCGAUCGGUGAUCUAUCAUCUA